AUGAGAGUCAUUCAAGUCCGCUUCGUAGUGUCAGGAAACCUCGUCCCUCUUACUGUCAUCAAAGGCGCCGGCCACGAAUUCAUUCCCCUCCCACAAGGCGAGAAUGCAAUUACGGCUGAUUUUCACUCUAUUCGCACCAAGACCGAGUCUCCUGCCCAUUUGACCUCGGGAUUUUACAAGAUUGAGGCUGGACCUCAAAGACCCGCUCACUACACUUUUGAGGAGACUAAGUAUGUUCUCAGUGGUCAGAUUGACAUUUUGGACGAGGCUACUGGGAUCACCCAUCAUCUAGUGCCAGGAGAUUUCGCAUUCUUCUAUGUUGGAUCUAAGGUUAAGUUCUCGACCAAGUCUGCUGGACUUGCCUUUUACGCUGUUACUCGUCCCGUUCGAGCUCCUCACCCCAACCUCGUUGACCGAGAAGAGGGCAAGGCCCGUCUAUAG